GGCAGUUGUAUCUUCGGUAGUGAACUUCUUCGUAUUUGAACCGAGUCCGAAUGGUGAUAUCGUACACUGAUGAUGCAUGGGAAAGCGACGAGAUAUACCUGUGUACUAGCAUCUGCGCCAAAGCCGACAGACAAGAAUCCUGCCCACCCCUCAUAACCCAUGAGAAUGUGCCUUGAGAAUGUGCCAGGCACAAUGUCUUUGGCGCUACCGAGGGCAGCGGAGGCGCAACUGCCUCAUUUCUUUCUGGUCUGGCCCUCACUAUCACCGCCUCGAAGGGCGUUUUUCCCUGGCACUUCUUUAAGGCCGCCACCGAUGUCUGAAAAUGCUAGCGGACCGAUAGCCUCUGCAGCACUCGCGCCCCAGCGCUUAUGAUAUUGUCCAGUAUCAUCAGCUGCGAUGGCGUCGGCAGCGCUGGAUCCCCAGGCUUUGCUAUUAAUGACUGUUAUAUGCCAAGAGAGAAGAUGUCGUGGACA